UCACUUAAUUACUACUCCUUGGAUUGUUGUAAAGAUUUUGUGUCCUUGGAUCUGUGUCCAAAGCAGGGAAUGGAAGAUCCAACUUUCAAUUACCACUACCAGUCCGCUCUCGACUACGCAAUAAUGGACGACUUCAACUUCGACCACUCCUUCUCCUCCGACAUGAACUUCAUCCCCAACGAAACGAUUCCAGCUGCUCACACCAUGCCUCAAAGCUUCACUCCACCCCCCUCCAAUUUUGCCGACAGCUAUGAAAUUGAAACCUCCAGGCCUGCCAAAGUUGCCAAACUAAUUACCAACACCAGCCAAUUCUCCAAAGCUCCUUCUUCUCCGUAUUCGUGCAUCAUCUCUUUUGAAAGCUCCACCGAUUCGCUCCAGAAGCCUCCUCGCAGCAGCGCCAAACCAGCUGCUGCUGCUGCAGCUGUUGUUAAGCCUGAGUAUGCAUCUAAUUCUCUGAUUCCGGAGCCUUCUUCCGUCGUCGACGAACAAUACGGUUCCGUCUUCAACAGUGGACAGGGCAUCAAAAGGACGGCUGCCGCUGCUGCAAUGAGCAGAUCCCCUCUUAGUGCACAGGAUCACGUCGUGGCCGAAAGGAAGCGCCGCGAGAAGCUCAGCCAGCGCUUCAUUGCCCUCUCAGCUGUUGUCCCAGGGCUAAAAAAGAUGGACAAGGCGUCGGUUCUGGGAGACGCGAUCAAAUACCUGAAGCAGCUUCAGGAGCGGGUGCAGACGCUCGAGGAACAGGCGAGCAAGAAGACGAUGGAGUCGGUGGUUUACGUGAACAAGUCCCGUGUGUACAAUCUGGACGACGACGAAUCGUCAACUGACGAGAACUGCUGCUCCGACGACGGCGGCUCCUCCUCCAACCAGUCCCAGCUCCCGGAGAUCGAGGCCAGAGUCUCGGGCAAAGACGUCAUGAUCCGGAUCCACUGCGAGAAGCAGAAAGGAUCCCUCCCGAGACUGCUGGGAGAGGUGGAGAAGCUCAAUCUCAGCGUCGUGAACAGCAACGUCCUGCCGUUUGGAACCUCCAUCCUUGACAUAACUGUGGUCGCGCAGAUGGACUACGAUUUCUCCAUAACAAUGGUUGACCUUGUGAGGAACCUGAGAAGGGCUCUGAAAUAGAUCACCGCUCUCAUCCGAAACUGCUACACAUCGAUACAUACAAAUUAAAGUAGACCUUAGUACGUUUUUUUUGCACUUCCGUACGUGCUUUUUUGAUCCACCAAACUUCUGAAAGGAUCUUCGCCGCCAACUAUCAAAGGAUGCUGAUGGUUUUUUUCCCCGUUCUUCUUCAUCAAGUGGGGUUGUUUGUUUGGGUUACAACCCAAUUUUUUGCCUGAUUGAUAUCAGAUCAAACAGGUUUAUUAGUCACCCCCUAGAUGGCGUUGAAGAACGGGAUAUUACUGCAGUACUGUAUGAUAUUUUACUUCUUGAGGGAGUUUUUUAUGAGAGUUCUGUGAUUUUUACUCUCUAUGUAAUUGCCCUCAUUAGUCUCUUGUUGUUUCCCUUUGAUUGGUGGUGGGACAUUUCCUGUUUAGGAGUUUUUUGGGUUAUGCGUUUGUUGUAUUAUGCUUUACUUUUUUUUUUCUUUUUCUUCUCUGGGUAGUUGGGCUAUUUGUGUAAUUGUUUUCCACUCCAGAUUGUUGUUUAGAUUGUCGUG